ACCUUCACCGCCAUCCACUACCGAGAAAUUGUAGCCACCACUACCAUCGCCAUGAUAGGUCGGUGACAUGAACACUAUCCAUCGUUACAAACACUGAAUCAUCGCGAACCCUCUUCAGAAUUGCGAAAUCCAGCGUGACCGCUUUCACAUCCUCCUGGUGUCUAGCUCCACUGAUUAUGAACUUCUGCGCCAUCCACUACCGAGAAAUUGUAGCCACCACUACCAUCGCCAUGAUAGGGUUUCUUUCGAGGUUAUCGCUAUCGCUUGCAAAAUCCUUGCCAGUGAAGCAUCUUCCAGUGCUUAUUUUGUCUUCCGGUGUUGAUUUUUAUCCAACUCUAAGGCAAGUACAUCUUCUGUUAUAUUUCCAGAACAGUGAAGUUACAUAUGAAACGAAUGUGAUGCAUGAUUGGGACCCGUCUGAUAGGUGGUUUAUGCCUGAAUAUCCUCCUCCUCCACCACCAAGUGUUGUGAAAGAUGAAGGUGGUGGUGGUAAUAAAGGAAAGAAACCACCAAUAGCAUAUAACAAGAGUCAGAAGGUACAAAGAGAGGGGUUCAGUUCAAUCAAGACGGGGUGGUGGUGGGGGUAUUGCCCUGAUUGCAAGGAGCACAGACAAGCAACAAAGAAAUUGGAUUUAUGGAGGUUGCCUGAUAUCAUAGUAUUCGAUUUGAAAAGAUUUUCAUACAACAGAUUCUUGAAGAACAAACUAGACACGUUUGUGAAUUUUCCAAUUCACAAUCUGGAUUUAAGCAAAUAUGUGAAAACUGAAGAAACGUCUGCUUCUGGUGGGUCUAAUGUUAAUUGUAUGCUAUCAACAAUCAUUAUGGGGGACUUGGUGGUGGCCAUUACUCUUCAUAUGCAAAGGUAA